AAUUGCAGGUUUAGAUGCAGGGAGAGAGACGGAGAUGUGGCCCUGGUAGUGAUACUGGGAUCAGCUGAUUGUAUUGUAUCCGUUUGCGGCUCCUUUGAAAUGGACACGCGGUGAAACUGCUUCGUUACGUUGUUGCAAUUUCUGGAGCGAGUGAGGAAUCCCUCUCCUGUCUCUAUCUCUCUAUCACACACACACAACAUGUCCAGUGAGACCUCUCCCCUUCUCAACUACCGGCUCUAUAAUGUGGCCGGUGGCUUUGCCGAGAGCUGCGGGGGUGGGGGCCCGCAGGAAGACGAAGUGGCCGUCUCCAGCACCGGUUCCCAGCCCGAUGACCCCAGGAAGCUGUCUACUUUCUUCGGGGUGGUGGUCCCCACCGUCCUCUCCAUGUUCAGCAUCGUGAUCUUCAUGCGAGUGGGUUUUGUUGUGGGGCAGUCUGGCUUCCUUCAGUCCCUGCUGAUGCUCAUGGUGGCCUAUGUCAUCAUCAGUCUGACGGUAUUGUCCGUGUGUGCCAUUUCCACCAACGGUGCGGUGAAGGGAGGGGGUGCCUACUUUAUGAUCAGCCGGACGCUGGGCCCGGAGUUUGGGGGCAGCAUCGGCCUGAUGUUUUUCCUCGCCAAUGUCUGUUCGUGUGCUGUAUACAUCCUGGGCUUGGUGGAGGCUAUUUUGGAUGUUUUUGGAGAGCUCCCCAAUGCAGAUGCCCUGUCCAGGGGUAUUCAUGUGCUCCCACAGAACUACCUCUAUGAUGUCCUGUACGCCUCCAGCAUCCUGCUGCUGUGUCUCCUGGUGUGUCUUGUUGGAGCCCAGAUCUACGCCAAGACCAGCUUCCUCAUAUUUCUGGUGGUGCAUGUUGUCCUGGUCACCAUUCUAGUCAGUUUCUUCGUGGUGAGCCCCAGGACCGUGGUCAUUGUCAGGCAAGUGGGCAACGAGAGCCAGGCCAUCUAUACCAACUACACUGGCUUCAGCACCGCUACGCUGUGGCAGAACCUCCUGGAUGAUUACUCCGUGGACUACACCACCAAGUACAUGAUGACGUUUGCGACGGUGUUUGCGGUCAUGUUUAAUGGUUGUACUGGUAUCAUGGCUGGCUCCAACAUGUCUGGGGACUUGAAAAACCCGAGCUACGCAAUUCCCAAAGGCACGAUCAUUGCUGUCAUCUACACAUUCCUGGUCUACCUCCUGCUGUUCUUCCUCGUGAGCUUUACCUGCAAUAGGAUGUUGCUGAAAGAGGAUUAUGCCUUCUUCCGUCAGAUCAACAUCUGGCCCCCGUUUGUGGUUAUCGGUGUGUACGCAGCCUCAUUGUCCGCUUCCAUGAGCACACUGAUCGGUGCCUCACGUAUCCUCCACGCCCUGGCCAGGGACGACCUGUUUGGUGUAAUACUGGCCCCAGCUAAGAAGACAUCCAAGUCGGGAAACCCCUGGGUCGCAGUACUCUACACAUGGCUAAUGGUUCAGUGUGUGCUGUUUGCAGGGAAGCUGAACACAAUUGCUGGGGUUGUCACCAUCUUCUUCCUAAUGGCCUAUGCUGCAGUUGACCUUGCCUGCCUGGCCCUGGAAUGGGCCUCUGCCCCCAACUUCAGGCCAACUUUCCAGCUCUUCAGUUGGCAUACGUGCUUGCUGGGCAUCGUUGGCUGCCUGGUGAUGAUGUUCCUGAUCAACCCAGCCUACGCCUCGUGUGGGAUCGUCCUCAUGCUAAUCCUCCUGGUGGUGAUCCACUAUCGAUCUCCUACCAGCAGCUGGGGUUACAUCAGUCAGGCCCUCAUCUUCCACCAGGUGAGGAAGUAUCUGUUACUGUUGGAUGUUCGGAAAGAGCACGUCAAGUUCUGGAGGCCUCAGAUGCUGCUGAUGGUGGCUAAUCCCCGGACCAGUGCCCAGCUCAUCACCUUCGUCAAUGACCUGAAGAAGGGCGGGCUGUUUGUAUUGGGGCAUGUGCAAGUUGGGGACCUCGAUGCUCUUCCAACUGAUCCCAUCCAGCCCCAGUACAACUUCUGGCUGAGCCUUGUGGACAAGCUGAAUGUGAAAGCGUUUGUGGAUCUGACCCUGUCACCGACAGUGCGGCAGGGCGUACAGCAUUUACUCCGCAUAACCGGCCUGGGAGGGAUGAAGCCCAACACACUGGUGCUGGGAUUCUACGACCACUGUGUUCCCGAGGACUACUUCCUGUUGGACCCGGCCUUCAGGGAUGCCAAGGAGAAGAACGACCACUUUGGUGUGGACAUCGCCUCCCUGCAGGCCCACUUCCCUCCUGUCCGGGACGGGGAGACUCCCAAGAGCCUGACAGAGCAGGAAUAUGUUGCCAUAAUCUCAGAUGCUCUGAAGAUGCAGAAGAACGUGUGCCUGGCACGGUAUUUCUUCACCAUGGACCGGAAGGUCCUGCUGUCCAAGAAGAGGCUGGAGAGAGUGUCCAUCGACGUCUGGCCUCUGAACCUCCUGAGACCCGAGAACACUGACUACGUGGACGUGUGCAGCCUCUUCCUGUUGCAGAUGGCCUGCGUCCUGACCAUGGUCGUCUCCUGGAAAGCGGCUCGCCUCCGCAUCUUCCUGUGCGUCGAGCCCGGAGAUGGCAGCUGGGUCCGGAAGGAGGAGAAGCUGCGCAAGCUCCUGGACCAGCUGCGCAUCAAGGCCACCAUCAAGAUUGUCACCUGGGAGGCGGUGGGGCCGACCGCGCAGGCCCUGGCCGCCUCUUCGGCUGACCACGUCUCCGAUGGAUACCUGCGGGCGGUCAACCGUAUGAUCCUGGACCAGGGUUUCCACACGGCCGUUCGGUUCCUCUACCUGCCCAGGCCUCCUGCCGAAACCGCCCACUCCCGGCGAUACCUGGAGCAGCUGGAAAUCUUGACCGAAGGCUUGGGGCCUACACUCCUGAUCCACGGCCUAACUCCAGUCACUUGCACUGACCUAUAACUGCUGUGCCCUACCAGUCCCCUUUUUAAAAAGAAAAAUAACCCUCAUGGGCACUGACUCUGAACUCUUUCUGUCCUCACUGUGUGGUCAGUUACAAAAAUGUGCCUCGGACACUCUAUUUAAAAGGAGAGGGGGAGGGUGGGACUCUUACUUGUUGCUGUUAUUUAUAUUUAAAUACCUGAAGAAUAGGGUUGGGGUUCAAGGGGGAAACAAUUGUGUGUAAUUUGGGUUUGCAAUGGUUUUUUUCAGAAGGGAGG